AUGCUCGGGUGGCUGACUUCGUGGAUCUCAUUUCCAAUAAGUCUCUACAUGGACCGAGAAAUAUAUAACCUUAUUUGGAUUACAAUCUAUAUCCAUGGCGCUCUCACUCUUGCAAUUUAUAUUGGCUUAUUCUGCUUUCUUGCAGCGGUACGUGCGAAAGGUCGCGCCGACACACCGCUUAUGAUACCAGUGCCAUUGCAAUCUGACGCAAUGAAACUACAUACUCCUGCUGUGGCCAAGCCGAUUCUCAAGAAGAACCCAGCUGACGUGCCCAAUCCCAGUCAGAAUAAGAUACAAACCCCGAAUUACCAGGCCAACGAAAAUAUUAUUCCCGAAUGGAGCCCGAACCACACACAAGACCUUAGGCAGAUAGGGGAGCAAGCAAAGAACCGCUCUGUGAGGAAUGGAUAG